CACCGCACUUACGCAACAUUACCAACAAAUAAAAACAUUCGGAACAGUGUUUUUAAAUCACAUUAUGCUGUCGGGAAAAAGGUUGUUUAUGAUUGAAAGAACUAGAUUUGUUGUUUAUAUGAUAUAUUCUAACAUCAACCAUCACAUAAGAAACCCAUGGGCUACAAACGUUCUCCCACCGCCAUGAUCAUCCCCGGAAAGGCGGAGCCGGAGAAGCUCUCCGGCUGGGCGGCCGAACUCGAAAAACGCAACCUAGAGACGGUGAAAACGCUGUACAAGGCGCUGCGCGAUGGCCACGCGGAGAAGCUAGUGAAGGUGGUGAGGACAGAGUUGGAAUGGUGGUACCACGGACCUCCUCAUUGCGAGCACAUGAUGAGACUGUUGACCGGCGAGUCAACGGCGAAAGCCUUCAGGUUUCGGCCUCGGAGGAUCAGGGCCGUCGGAGACCGCGUGAUGGUGGAAGGGUGGGAGGGGGAGGGAGAGUAUUGGGUGCACGUGUGGACACUCAGCCACGGGAUCAUUGCUCAGCUGCGCGAGUACUUCAACACCUUCAUCACGGUGGUGCUUCGAGUUUCCGAGGAUGGUGAUGAGGCUCGGUUGUGGCGGAGCUCCGACCGGGUCCGCGUUCGGGUUCAUGGGUCGUUACCGGAUCUCGUGCUUUCAGUUUAAAUCAUGUUUUAAUAACUAUAUAUAUAUAUUAGGUAGUUAUUUCCGUUUAAAUCAUGCUUUAAUAAUUUUUUGAACAAAGCAUAAUAACACUACAAUGUUAAA